GGGAAUGAGCCCUGCAUUCUGCCCACCGCUGCUAUUCCCGGACGCUGAUGCAACCCGCCUGAAGUCCCCCUCCCGCGGCCUCUCCUCCCGGCGCUGUGCCGUGCAGGCGGAGGCUCCGAGCGCCGCUCCCGGCACCCGCCCGGCUCCGCGCCGCCUCCCGCACGCCUACACCGCGCCGCAGCCGCCGAGGAGCCCGGUAGGAUCGCGCCCGCCGAGCUCGGCCGGAGCCCGUUCGGGGGAGCGGGCGGCCGCGCGGGCGGUGAAUGCGGUUUUAAUUUUGAAGAGGAUACCCUCAUCAGUGUGAAGAUGAGCUGUGAAGAGAUCGCUGUGUGUGCAGUACGGCUUAGAGAAAACCUCUGCCUCUAUUUUGAAGAUGAUGAGCUGGAAUGCGAUGCCUUUUGUAAGGAUAAAACUAUCAAACGAUUCUUUCGAAACGUCAAUAGCCAGUUGCUUGUGGUUCGUCCAGAUUUAAACGUGGCAGCUUUUGAAGAUGUAACAGAUCAGGAGGUGAAAUCUGGCAGUGGAAUGUACUUCGACAUUCACUGUUACAAAACCACCGCGCCUUCAGCAGGGAUGCCUGUUGCAUUCAGCGUCCAGGUAGAAGAUAAGAGUUACUACAUGUGUUGUGAGAAAGAGCAUGGGAAAAUGGUUGUUCGAUUUAGGGAAGGAGAAGUUCCCAAAGACAUUCCUGGUGAAAGUAACAUCAUAUUUUUCAAAAAGACAUUUACAUCUUGCAGCUCCAAGGCUUUUAAGUUCGAGUACUCACUUGAACAAGGAAUGUUCUUGGCCUUUGAGGAAGAAGACUCCUUAAGAAAACUAAUUUUAAAGAAACUGCCGAGAGAAGAUGAAGUUGAUGAAACCACAAAAUUCGUAACAAGUCAUAAUGAAAGGCACAACCUAUGAUAUAUUUCUACACUCUUAAAACAUAAUUUGUCUUUUUAUGAAAGAAGUCUAAUUCAUUCAAAAUACAAAGGAAGACAAUUGUAUAUUUCAUAUAUUUACAUAUAGCCAGCUACAGUAACAGUCCAAAAAUGAGCAUCUUCAAAGGCAAAACAAAUGCAAGUGGGAAAAGCAACAGCAGAAUGUUUUCUAGCAAAUGACAGCAAAGAGAACUGCAGAGUGAAUAAACAAGAACAUGCAUGUGUUCAUAGCCCUGUACAGUUUCAUCUCAAGCAUCUUUAGAGCUUGCUGAACAAACAGUUUUGAAGCAAAUUUGAAGUCUCAUACAUGGAAAAGACCUAUUGUGGGGAUGGAGAGAAAACAGCUGAAGAAAGCAAACUGCACAUUUCCUACACCAGAUCGUGAAUCUCACCAAUAAACACGUCAUUACUUUUUUUUUCUUUUUCAGGACACAGGAAAUCCUGUGUCUUUACCUAUUUCAGCUACACAGUGGCAUUGUUUCCUUCAACAGAAGUAGCAACAAUAGUUUUUACUGUAAACUUAGCAGCAUCUUUUAUUAGAGAACUGGUAACUUACUUAAACAAUUGGAAUUUUAAUAAUGCUGUUUGUCUUCAGAGGAAAUGAAGAAAAUGUGAGGGGUUUUGAAACUCGACAGUAAGCUGCAGAUGACUAUAAAAUGAAACAAAUAUUUGUACAUGCAACAGGCUGUUAAUCACAAAGGUAGAAAUGGCUGUGGUAAGGAAGCUAUCUUUGUGUAUGACAACACAAGACAAGUUAGGGUCGAGCUGUGCACUCUUUCACAUUUGGAGCUGAGCAAACACUGGAAUUCAGCAAAAAUAAGGUACAUGCAACACUGCAAAUAUUUACUCUCUAGAAAAAUGUAUGACUCUCAUCUUCUAUGUAUAAUAGAGGCAUUGCUCCUCCUCUCCUGAGGAAAAAACUGCAGGCAGUGAUUACCUAGAAGCGAUUGGAAACUGAGGUCUUGGAUCCUCACCUUGCCAGGCAGAAGAGGCAAUUAGAGAGAGGGUACAAUUGUCAUAUCCCAUACAGGCAAAAGUAAACAGAGAAACCAGGAAAGCUUCUGUCAUGAAACGGAGAAUUCCUCAAAUUUGCAGAAGAAAGAAGACAAAUCUCAAUAUUUGUUCUGGUAUUUAAAAAAAUACUAAUUCAGAGGCUUAAAAAAAAAAAAAAAAAAAGCACAGAGAGGUUGGAGAUGGGGAAGUGCUGUGAUGACAGUCAGUUUUCACAUUAUGCUGCUUCACCUACCCAGCUGCUGCAGGAAUAUCUGGGGCAAAAAAAGCAGUUCUCUGGAAUCACAUACAGGCACCACUGAAUGCACUAUGGCUUAGAAAGAAUUCACUGGAGGGGCUUAAAUUCAAAAAUUUAACAUAUAUGGACCUGUUUUAAUUUGCCUGAUGAAUAUUCAAAAAAAUGGAUCAAACAGUUACAGCUAUGAGUAAUUUAGAACAAAAGAAAAGCACAUGGAACUGGCAGAAUUGGAACAUGUGCCUCUCACAGAGAAAGCUGUGGUUGUUACCUUCCCAUUCUGGACACAGUAGCACAGGAAGCUGGUCACAGCACUGCUAGCCUCUAAACCAGCUGUCCGGGUUACUGUGUUACCAGAUCUCUGACAGCUCCCUUUUCACGCAACACCUCUCAAACAAGAAUACCACAUACAGAUACAACCCACAUUUGGUCUCAGAAGAGGAAGUGUCAAUUUCUAUGUUAACUGCUCAGAUUCUACAGAGCUAUCGAGUCAUCAGUCAUACACAUGCAUCCUCCUCCACACAACAACAUAGUGUUACAUCAAUACCCACAUCAGGCCAUGUCAGAUGGAAACCAUCGUCUCAAUUCUGACAGCAAGUCUAGCAAAACAGAAGUGGCCAACUGCAUAGCAUUUCCUAUGGUUAUAUGAAUGAAAAAAAACAAAAACAAAGAAAGCCCAAUCAUUUUAAAAAUAUUUAAAAAUAAAUCAGGAAAUCUGCAGAAUUCAGCAGCUUACUCAUUCCGUUUAUUGCCUAAUCAAACUGAUGGUAACACAUCUCUGUUCCUCUCACUAUUAAUAGUACCACAAAAGUACCAUCAGAAUGUGGAAACAAUUGCUCCUCACUACUGUCCAAGUCUCAGCAGAAAGCUGAAGACGAGAAUGCUGAAGACAAGAAUUGCAUUUUUCUCUCUGAAAUGAUUUCAAAUCUAAAGAUGUGGAAAAGAAUACUGAGCCUGGAGUCAAACUACGCCAUAAAGGUUUACCUUCAUUCUCUUCUUGGUCACAGAGGAAAAUCUGUAACUGUGAUUAUUUACGAAACAAAAGAUGCUGCAGAUGAACACAGGCUCCAGGGGGAACUAUGAAAUCUGUAUGCUAUUUACAGCUUCUCAAAUUAACCGACAAAACUCUCUAAGUCAAUUCUUGCUGUGUUUUUACUGUGAACAUAGCUCUUGUAUAAAGUCAAUGUUAACUCUUAAGGAAUUAAGGACAACAAAUAUUCAUAAAAAUAUUGCUUGUUUUAUAAUCUCUAAAUGAAUAAAGCAAAGCUAUAACAGUU